AUGGUCAGAAAAUGGAUUCUUUGCUGGUACCUGCUGCAGAUUCCAUUGAUGGAAAUGGCCAAACAGGAGAUUGCCAUAGGGCUUGUUUAUCAGGUCGGUGUUUGUGAGUGGUCGGAUGAUUUGAUGACGUCAUCCUGUUUGACAGACGUGUCGAAAAGAAUAAAAAUGUCUUAUAAAGGUUUAUUGUAGAAUUAUGCCAGAAGCAAGGUGUAUUAUAAGGCCUUCAAAGAGACGCUACGCAAUAUAAACAAUGGGCAGUCAAUGUCCGCGGUCAAAAGAUUGGCUGACCGAUACACCCUCGUCCCAUACGAUUGUAUUUUGCCCAGGGGUCAGUUCUUGCCCUCAGAUGUCCUGUCCUGUCUUUGUGACACCCUAUUACAUCACAAGGUUUGUCGAUAGACAAACAAUAAACAUUAACCUAGGUGGCGUUUAUAAUAUUCGUCACGGCUUCUGAAGAUUAUGAAUCCACAACUUCAGCUGGCCAAUAUUUUUUGCAUUUGGCUGGUCAAACCGGGAUCCCCAUUGUUGCAUGGAAUGCUGACAAUUCUGGCUUCACAUUCCCUAAGGUACCGUUUCUGCCAGAGAUUGAUUCUGCAUACUAUGUAUUACUUAUAGCCACUGCCCCAGCUACGAAUAAUCCAAAUGGCCCCUCCAAUUGAACAUCAAAUCAGGGCGAUGUUAGCACUGCUCAAAAGAUAUAACUGGUAUAGAUUUGGAGUGGUAUGCUCAAAGAUACCAGGCAGUUCAAAAUUUAUAAAAAUAGUGCAAGAUCAGAUAAAACAAAACGUUGAAAGGGACUUUAGGUUAGUCAUCUUCAUCUACAAUGUCACCAUUUGUAGAUUUGAGAUGGUUUACCAUCAGGAGAUCGAUGAUGCCCUUGGAGAACAUCACAUUCGCCGUAAAUUGAUGACUCUUCGAAGAUCUGAUGCACGAAUAAUAUUACUUUACAGUACUGUAACCAAAGUGAAGCCCUUAUUCAACGUAGCAGAUGACCUCGGCCUUUUGUCCGAGGAUUAUCUCUGGAUCGGGACGCAGUCCGUCAAAGGAAGUAUGACAUCAGCCAUCCCUCCAGUCCAGCCGGGGAUGUUGACCAUCAACUUUCAUACCGUAUCCCAUUCCAUGUUCCCUCCUCCAGAUGAUGUGCUACCCAUGAUUAUUGGAAUGGCCCCCAAACUUUUUGCUCUUGGCUUAACCAAACUAAAUCCACCGAUUAAUACAACUUUUCAACCAACCUCAACUUGUGAUAACUCCUCGAGAAAAUGGGAAUUGGGAGGGGAAUUAUAUGAGUAAGUUUUUGUAAAAUGCAUCUACUUUGUUAGGAAGAUGAGAAGAGGAUUCUUGAAAGGAAAUCCAAAUCAUCCCAAAGACGGACAAGACUCCUUUUUCUACACCUUCGACCAGGAUGGGCAACUCAAAGACAGCUACUUAACGAUAUCCAAUCUGAGAUAUGGACGGAAUAAACAAGGAAAAGACAAUGUUUUGUACUGGGAUCAAGUAAGAUUACCAAUAAGAUCAUCGAAUUGUUAGGUUGGGGAAUACACAAACAACGAGCUGAAGAUGGCUGACAUUGAAUGGCCCGGAUUCCGAACCAAUCCCCCUCCAGGAACCCCGGACAAAUUCCAUCUGACUGUGGUUACGUUACAAGAAUCUCCUUUUAUGACCGUCUCAGAUUUGGAUCCGGAGACAAACAAAUGUCCCGGGAAUCAAGGAAGUGUCUGUGAUUGGGGGACUGAGUAAGAAUGGCACAACAAACUAGUAUUUCUAGGAACACAACUGUUCUCAAAUGUUGUACUGGCUACUGUGUAGACUUACUCAACAAAUUAGCCGAGGAUAUUGGCUUCACUUACACCUUAUACAAAGUCAGGGAUGAGAAAUGGGGAUUGAAGGGAGAGAACGGAUGGAAUGGCCUCAUACAAGACCUCAUCACCCAUAAGGCUGAUAUGUGUGCAACAGCUCUCAAACUGAACAGCGAGAGGGCCAGGGACAUUGAUUUCAGUAUGCCUUUUUUGGAGACAGGUAUUGCCAUCAUCGUGAAGAUCAGAAGUGGAGUUCUGUCACCAACUGCCUUCUUAGGUAGGGCAAUACAAAACAUUACUCCCUCCUAGAACCGUUCGAAUACUCUACAUGGGUAAUGAUCUUGUUUGUGAGUAUCCAGACUGCAGCCUUCUCCAUCUUCCUCUUCGAAUGGGUCAGUCCUCGAAGUUUCAACAUGACCACUCAUCCUCCCCCAGGGCAUAAGUUCUCGCUUUGUCGAUCCUACUGGCUCGUCUGGGCUACUUUGUUUAGUGCAAGUGUUACUACCGAUGUUCCCAGAUCUCAUGUGAGCCGAGUAAUGUCACUGGUCUGGGCAGCCUUCGGUCUUACCUUCAUGGCUGUAUACACAGCUAAUCUGGCAGCAUUUAUGAUAACAAGAGUACAGUAUUACAAUUUGGAGGGGAUCGAUGACGAAAGGGUCAGUUUUUAAUUUAAUUACCUUCGCUUUUAGAUACGGGAAGCCGAGUUUCAAACACCCAUGUUCCGUUAUGGAACUGUUCAUGGAGGAAAUACACACGAAUUAAUGAAGAUGAAUUGGAAGGAUAUGAAUAACUAUGUGGAGAAGAACAAGUUCUUUGUAGAAAACAUAUCACAAGGAAUAGAAGCUGUCAGACAAGAGUACGUAAAUUAAACAAUAACUAGACUCUUCCAGGAAACUAGACGCUCUAAUCUAUGAUGCUGUCGUACUAGAACAUCAAUCAGGGAAAGAUCCCAAUUGUGAAUUGAAUACUGUAGGGAAAUGGACAAGUAUGACGGGGUAUGGGAUCGGAUUCCCAAAGAACUCCCCAUUGGUCAAAAAAGUGAACAAAUUCAUGUUGCAAUAUCAACAAAAAGGCAAGUACAGUACAGGGUGAUUCAAAAAAAAUGGACACUUUUCUUUCUUCGAUUUCUCUUGGCUUUGAACCUUUCUCGGAAAAAGGUGCACAUGGCAUGAAACUACUAUGUUAUGUGUACACCCUCAUUGCAAAAAUUGUUCACUAGCUGCAAAAGUUGCCGACAUAUGGUUGCUUAAAAAUUGCCGGGUUAACGCACACAUUCCCGCCGCGAAAUUUGGAAAGUUUUCGUUCCUAAACGUCUUAAGGGUGUAACAGAGACGUUCUGAGCGGCCUCAGCGAAACACGGACGUCUAUUCUAUAGGACCUUAUAAGGAUUUAAUCCAGGUCUUUCAAACAAUGAAAAAUCAGAGGCCAAAAGUUAGACAACCAGCGAGGGAAAAUCAACGCUCAUUUGGGCGGCUUUACAAAAAAUUAGCUCUGUCGAAAGUGGUCAAAGUUUUUGAACCAAUUCCAUUUAUACCAUGUUUGCUGCUCUAUUGUGAGUAUACUAAACGCAUUUUUCACAACAGUACCCUUCAAUUGGCAAAACUGCAAACAAAAUUUCGACUUUUUUUACUUUUUGAUUGGUCAUCGCAAUGAUACGCGGAUUCUGAAGGCUAGGUUUGUUCAAAUUAACGGAGACCAAUUCAAAAUUGAAGAACGGACUUAUAUGACUAUCGUAUAAAUGCAGCCUGUCGUAGUUGUCCGGCUUGUUGAAGAACGCCAACAAAAAAGUAAAAUUUUUCUGGUCAAAAAAUAUCGGCGUCUCUGGGUAUAGCCGGCUAAACUUUUAUAAGCACAGUACAUGGCUAAUGCAAGCUACAAUCAAAUCAACUGCUGUCCCAUGUAAAGCAAUGUUAGAUGUCUUACAGGAAUCACUUUUUGCCGUUAUUAGCACAAGUUAGGCCGCCCUGCUAAGUUUUGAAACCCGAUCAUCCCAAAAAUCCAGAACUAUGUGGAUGGGUCUCUUGUGGAUCACGUUGCGAAUUGCUGGAGCGUUAUUAAUAUAAUAAUAUCAGCGUUUUCCCUUCUCUAGAUUCCCCUUAGUAUCGUAAUAAACAGUCAACACGAAGUUUUUAGCUGGCUGUAAGAAUUCAGGCCGUUAAAGUUUUUUGGACCUACAAAAUUCUUGGAAAAUGUGGUCAGAAUAUGGGCUGACCUAGUAUUUUGCUUCGUACAAGCCGUUCAGCAAAAAUAUUUCAAAAUUUGAAACGGGUGUCAUGAAGCAGGAUCGUUGACAAUUAUAAAACUAUUUUUCUUUCCACCGACUGCGGUAUUCGUGGUGGGAUAAACCGACUUCAAAAUUUGUCCAUUUUUUUUGAAUCACCCUGUAUUAUGAUGACGUUUUUAGGAGAUCUGGAGAGAUUGCAAAAUUUUUGGCUGACUGGAAGCUGUGUCAUUGAUACAAAUACCCAAAACACAAGUGCGCCUUUAGGGAUUGAGAACUUUACCAGUGCUUUUAUCAUGCUGACUGCUGGAUCGGUAAGUGCAAUACAUAUAGUCCGUCCGUAAAAUCGGUGGCAUGAUUUUUGGCGUUUGCACUGUGCGAAAAAAGUGAGAGUGCGAGCGAAGCCGAAAAAAGCCAUUUGCACGGUGCAAAAAGCCAAAAUUGCGCGGUGCAGGUAAACUUUUGUUUCCCACAGUGCAUGUCGCCGAAAUCAGUCCAGCGACUUAGCGAACGGACUAGUAUUGUAACAAAUUUUACUCUUUAAGCUAUUUUCUGUCCUCUGCCUUCUCUUGGAAUAUUUCUAUUCAAAACAAUGGAGGAAAAUUGUGAAAUACCUGGAGAAGAGAGGCUGGUGCAAAGUAAGUUUGAGUAAUCAAAUCCCAAUUAUAAUAUUCGAUUUCAGCCGGGAACCGCAGACAUGUCACUGUCAGAAGUAGCUGUUCGAUUUCUGGAAUGGAAGAAGCGAAAGUCCAUGUCAUUUUGA